AUGGCAGGAACCAAGAAGCCGGUCAAUGUGUUUCGUUUGCGGGAUCUCCCCGAUCCCCGCGAGGUCUUCAAUUGGCGAUUAUGGUUUGCUGUGCUCUCUUUCGGCCUCAUGGGUGCCGCCCGGGGAGUCGAUGAGGGCUUGAUCUCGGGCGCCUUCAAUUCCAAAGAUUUCCAGCGAACCAUCCACUUUGACCGAUACACCGAGGUCGAGCGCACCAAUAUCAAGGGCAAUGUGUCCGCCAUGGUCCAGAUCGGUUCCGUCGGGGGUGCUCUCUUUGCCUUCGUGGUGUGCGAUCGCAUCGGACGGCUCUGGGCCACGCGACAGCUCUGCGUGCUGUGGAUCAUCGGCAUCGCGAUCUUCAUGGGGUCGAACGGGAACCUGGGAGCUGUCUACGCCGGUCGCUUCGUGGCGGGGCUGGGAGUGGGUCAGACGGUCGUCGUGGCCCCGGUCUAUCUGGCUGAGAUUGCCCCUGCAUCCGUUCGUGGUCUCUGCACCUGCGUCUUUACAGGGUUCGUCUAUAUCGGAAUCGUGCUCGCCUACUUCACCAACUAUGGCUGCGAGCUGCACAUGGGUGACAACACCCACAAACGCUGGGAAGUCCCAACCAGCCUGCACAUUAUCUUUGCCGGCCUCAUCUUCAUCCUCUCCUUUUUGCAAUACGAGUCGCCGCGCUUCCUCAUCAAGAAGGGCCAGUUCGACCAUGCGUUGACCAAUCUAUCACGCGUGCGCCAGCUCCCCCCGGACCACGAAUACGUAGUCCAGGAGAUCACGGCCAUCCACACCGCCCACGAGGCGGAGAAGGAAGCCACCAUGGGCGCGGGCCCGCUCGGGGUGCUCAAGGAGGCCUUCCUGGUGCGCAGCAACCUGUACCGCUUGUACAUGGCCACUAUGGCCCAGAUCCUGUCGCAGUGGUCGGGGGCCGGUUCUAUCACGCUCUACGCGCCUGAUCUGUUUUCCCUGCUGGGGAUCACGGGCAACAACGAGUCCCUGCUCGUCACCGCCGUGUUCGGCAUCGUCAAGCUCGUGGCCGCCAUCAUAUGUGCCCUGUUCCUGGUCGACGUCAUCGGUCGCAAGCGCGCCCUGCUGCUAGGCAUCACCCUGCAGGCCAUCGCAAUGCUGUACGUCGCGGCCUUCCUGACAGAUGUGCCGCGCAUGGGCGUCGAUGACACCUUCGAGCUGCCCGAGUCGAAGCGGGGCGUCAGCCGUGGCGCCAUCGCCAUGAUCUACGUCUCGGGGGCGGGGUGGGCACUGGGCUGGAACUCCAUGCAGUAUCUGCUCACGGCGGAGCUGUUCCCGCUGCGCAUCCGCGCCCUGGCCACGUCGCUCGCUAUGACCCUCCACUUCGUCAACCAGUAUGGCAACUCGCGGGCGGUGCCGAACAUGCUGCUGGCCCCGGAGGCCGGGGGGAUCUCGCCCAAGGGAACCUUCUGGUUCUUCGCCAUCGUUACCUUCAUCGGCGGUGUGUGGGUAUGGUUCUCGGUUCCAGAGACGGCUGGUCGCAGUCUCGAGACGAUCGACCGGCUGUUCGAGUUGCCAUGGUACCAGAUCGGACGGUAUGGCAACCGCGAUGCCGAGCAGCGCGAUCAGAACGUAUCGGAGAAGAUGGAGAUGGUUGAGGAGGGGAGCACGACGCAGGUUGAUCGUUCCACCAAGGUGUAG